AUGGAUGGAGAUAUUGAAAUAUCGAUCGACAAGCUCCCAAUCAAACGCCUGGAUGCUAUUGAAGAAAACGGCACCGAACGCUUUCCUUCCGAUGUGGAUUAUGAUGAGAAGAGGCUGAAUUUGAUUAGGAGAAUAGACUUUGGGUGGGCAGUUGAGAGAGAGGAUCCUAGUAAGAAGCAGAAGAGUGAAGGUAAAACCUCUGCUAAGGAGAGUACAACCACCAAUCAGCAUCCAUGGCAAUGGCAGAGCCUAGUGGAAAAUCUGCAGUUGGCUCACCAAGAGCUCUCUGUCAUCAUCGAUCUCAUCAAUACGGUAGAGGCAAAUGAUGCAGUAACGGUUGCGGGCAUGACCAGGCCAAAGCAGUUACCAAACGAGCUUUUGUCUGACCUGGCUGUAUCUACUGCGACCAAGCUACAGUGUUUCCGGCAUCUAGGAAAAUAUUUCAAGCAAUCUGCGACAGCAUUAGAAAAGCAGGUAGCUAGAGAGGCGAGAUUUUAUGGUGCUCUCAUUAGAUUGCAGCAAAAUUGGAAAGUUAAACGACAUCGAUUGGUGGCUGCUGCCUCUGCUGGAAUGCUGGCUGUGAAUAUGCCCCCAAAUUCAUGCCGCUCUCUUCGAUUUGAGUUUCUUGGUUCCCAUUCUGCUAAUAAUAUGAGAAGAUCCGGUGAGACCAACAUGCAUGCCUUGUCUGAAGAUUCUUCCACAGAAACUAUCAAAGAACAUGCUGAUGAUGAUGAAUGCGUGAGGAAAACACAUUCACUCCUCCGUGAGGUUCAUCGAGCCAUCUUUGACGAGCAGGUGUUUGAAUUGGUAAGUCGUGAAGCAUGUAAUUCAUCUCUAAGUGUAAAUCUGACUGGGAUACAAGAAAACUAUCUACGCUUGAGCAUUAAUCAAGGAGCAUCUGUCUCGAUUUCACUUCUGCUAUCUAGACAAGAUAAUAAGAUAGUCAGUGGAGCAGGCACAAACAGUUCGAAAGCUGAAACUGUACCUUCUGAAUUAUUGGUUGGGUCAAAAUUUAGAGAAGGAAAAGAUAAUGUGAAGAAAUUGGGGUUUCCAAAUCGAAUUAGUUUCGAGAUUUAUUUGCAGCAACUGUUUCAUGAAUAUGUGUUUGUGAAAGCAAAAGAAAAGACCACAUCUUCUUUUAGAAGUCAGAUAUUUGGUCAGCAAUCAAAGGACAGCUUAAAUAUUCUGGAUCAUUUCUGCAUGUCUCUAGCUCACAGCAUCUUCUCAAACAAAGUUCUGUCAGAGCUUGAAAAUCUGGUUUGCAGAACUCCAUAUGUCCAGUUGAUAUCUCAUCCCACUUGGCAUUCGCGGACGUCUUCAUGGACUUUAUCAAUGAAGGUUCCUCAGUCAAUUCUUCAUGCUGGAAGCCAAAUUCAGUCAUCUGGCACUAGCAAUGUGAAGAAUGUAAGAUCUCUGUUUUGGACUAAGGUGGUGGUGAUUGAUGAAUCUAUUAGUGUGGAGGGGGAAGAUCUUCCUAUAAUACUCCUCCAGCAGAUCGCUAGUCAAGUUAUUCAGUGGCUUCAUGGGGAAGCCCUCACUGUCGGCAUUAAAGUGACUAGAGACUUCUUAUCAUUGGCAUUUGAACUGGACCAUGGUGAAAUAGCUAGUCUAGUGGCUCAUGUAGACCCUGAAGAUACCAGGGGAUGCAUCUCAUGGUGGUUGAUGAUAGAUGACGGAUUAACCGAGGAUCGCAAAUUUCAUCCUGACCUCUCAAUUGCUGUUAACUAUUCUGGGCACUUUUGUGUUGCACUUGAACAUUGGAAGAUAUUUACUACAUCGUGGCUGAAGAUUUCUGGUCUGCGCUUGAUCUUGGGUAUAGCAUAUGGCCAAAUGCCAAUCAGCACUUUGCUGGAUCCUCCUAUGUUUAGUAAGAUUGUGAGCAUUAGAGGAAGGAGAAGUAUGGAGUCACUGUGUAGGGUUGCAGUUUUGAGAAAAAAAAAGACCUCUCGUAUACCUGUAAAUGAGAUGCGUACACAUGCGAAAGUAGUUCUUAGGAGGGCAGAGAAGUCAUUAGUCGUAGAGGGAACGGUAUGGCAGGAGCAAGGCCUACUUUCUCUGCUUAUGUUGAUCCCAGUGUAG